AUGCAAGAGCAAGCCGUUAACGCGUUGAGCGCCUUGACCAUUGGACCGGUCAAAGCGUUUAAUAUCAUGAGGAAAUUGUAUGGUGGGUUUGUCAAGGUUGAGGCAACCAAAAACGAUUUUAAAAAUUUUAAGCGAGACCUGAACAGGUAUAUAUCUGAGUUUGACGCUGAUAUGAUGAUUAAACGGCUUUUGAGGAAGAAAGAGUACAUGCCAAACUUUUCAGUGGAGUAUAUAACCGCGGAAGAUGGGGUUUUAAAGGGGUUGUUUUGGGCCGAUGAAGAUGCCAAAAGGAUUUUUUCGGUUUUUGGGGACGUUGUUUCAUUUGAUGCCACAUAUCGUCGUAACAAGUACAAAAUGAUGUUUGUUCCAUUUACUGGUAUCGACAACCACAAUCGCAACGUUACUCUUGGUACCGCUAUAAUAGGCAACGAAACGGCUGAAACUUAUAGUUGGUUGCUAAAGGUGUUUCGUGAAGCAUUUGGCCGUGCCCCUCUGGUGAUUGUCACCGACCAAGACCCAACCAUGAAGAAGGCUAUUGAAGAUACAUGGCCUGAUAGUAGACAUAGGUUAUGCAUGUGGCACAUCAUGGACAAGCUUACUGCUAAGGUUGGUGCUACAAUCUGCAAUAGUACAUAUUUCAAAAAGAGGCUGUGUGCUAUUGUGUGGACCGAUUCAAUUCUACCUGAGAAGUUUGAAAGUGAUUGGGCUACCAUAAUGAACGAUUUUACCUUGGUUGAUCAUGAGUGGCUGCGGUCAGUUUAUCAAAUCAGGGAUACUUGGAUACCGGCUUAUUAUCGUGAGGAGUUCAUGUCCGGGCUUAUGCGUACCUCAUCUCGUUCAGAGAGACAGUUUUGUAACCUGGAGUGCACUCUUGUCGAAUUUCUCAGGCAUUUUGAUUCUGCUAUUGAAGCUCAGAGACAUGAGCACAUGAAGAUUGACCAUGACACUAGAAACACAAACGCUGACAAAAGCGUCAUCCGGGUCUCGCCGCCGAUCUACAAUAAUUUUAAUAUUUGUUUUAGUAAACAACCGGAUUAUGUGUUGAAAACGAAACAGACGGAACAACAGGCGUUUAAAAUAUUAACUUCACACUUGAAGGAGGUUGUUGAGUGUAACAAUAAAAUAUUGGAGUUAAAGGAAUUUAACAUCAUAAUAAUACCAAUGAUCGAAAGAAAGCAUUUAUAUUUAAUAUGCUUUGAUUUAGAGAACGCAAAGGUUGAAGUUAUUCAAGACAUGCAAUUGCAAAACCUGAGGAUGAAGAUUGCAACAAAACUGUUACUAUCAGAGGCGAACGUGUACAAGGCAACGGUUAUGUACCUCGCAAGAAAAGCAAUACAAAAUUUGGGAGAUGAAAGAAUGAGGAAAUUGUUGGAAGAAGAGGGAGCAAAACAAGAAAAAUGCUGGAACACUCUUAGCAAAUGGAAGAAUGGGGAUAAAGUUUGA